AUGAUUACUGGUGCUGCUCAAAUGGAUGGUGCUAUUAUUGUUGUUGCUGCUUCUGAUGGUCAAAUGCCUCAAACCAGAGAACAUUUAUUAUUAGCUAGACAAGUUGGUGUUCAACAUUUAGUUGUUUUUGUCAACAAAGUUGAUACUAUUGAUGAUCCAGAAAUGUUAGAAUUAGUUGAAAUGGAAAUGAGAGAAUUAUUAUCUACUUAUGGUUUUGAUGGUGAUAAUGUUCCAGUUAUUAUGGGUUCUGCUUUAUGUGCUUUAGAAGGUCGUGAAGAAGAAAUUGGUAACAAAGCUAUUGAUAAAUUAUUAGCUGCUGUUGAUGAAUAUAUCCCAACUCCACAAAGAGAUUUAGAAAAACCAUUCUUAAUGGGUAUUGAAGAUGUUUUCUCAAUUUCAGGUAGAGGUACUGUUACUACUGGUCGUGUUGAACGUGGUAACUUGAAGAAAGGUGAUGAAGUUGAAAUUGUUGGUCUUAACAAAACUCCAUUAAAAACUACUGUUACUGGUAUUGAAAUGUUCAAAAAAGAAUUAGAUCAAGCUAUGGCUGGUGAUAACUGUGGUAUCUUAUUACGUGGUAUUAAAAGAGAUGAAAUUAAAAGAGGUAUGGUUAUCGCUAAAGCUGGUACCGUUUCUGCUCACAAAAAAUUCUUAGCUUCAUUAUAUAUCUUGACUAAAGAAGAAGGUGGUCGUCAUUCAGGUUUCGGUCAAAACUACAGACCUCAAUUAUUCAUCAGAACUGGUGAUGUUACUGUUACCUUAAACUUCCCAGAAGGUGCCGAUGUUUCUCAACAAGUCUUACCAGGUGACAACAUUGAAAUGGAAUGUGAAUUAGUUCACCCAACUGCUUUAGAAGCUGGUCAACGUUUCAACAUUAGAGAAGGUGGUAGAACCGUUGGUACUGGUUUAAUUACUCGUAUCAUUGAAUAA